AUGGAGUCGUCUCCGGUGUCUUACUGGUGCUACAGCUGCAGCCGCUUCGUGAGGGUAUCUCCGUCCACUGUCGUCUGCCCGGAGUGCAACGGCGGCUUCCUGGAGCAGUUUACGCAGCCGCCGCCGCGGGGCGGCGGCGGGAGCGGCCGGCGCGGGACGAUGAACCCGGUCAUCGUGCUCCGCGGCGGAUCGCUUUCUGGGUUCGAGCUCUACUACGACGACGGCGCGGGCGAAGGGCUGCGGCCGCUGCCCGGUGACGUCCAGCACAUCCUCAUGGGGUCUGGUUUCCACCGCCUGCUCGACCAGUUCUCGCGACUGGAGGCGGCGGCUCCGCGUCCGCCGGCGUCGAAGGCUGCGGUGGAGUCCAUGCCGUCGGUGACGGUCGCCGGAGGUGGUGCUCACUGUGCCGUGUGCCAGGAGGCCUUUGAGCCUGGCGCCGCCGGCCGGGAGAUGCCGUGCAAGCACGUCUACCACCAGGACUGCAUCCUUCCCUGGCUCUCGCUCCGCAACUCCUGCCCCGUCUGCCGCCAAGAGCUUCCGGCUGCAGCCACCCCAGAUGCGGAGGCGGAUGCUGGGCUCACCAUAUGGCGACUUCCACGCGGUGGAUUUGCCGUAGGGAGGUUCGCCGGUGGGCCUAGAGAGCAGCUCCCGGUCGUCUACACGGAGCUGGAUGGCGGCUUCAGUAACGGGGUUGGGCCGAGGCGGGUGACAUGGCCAGAGGGAGAUGGCCAAGUAGAUGGUGGUGAAGGUCGUAUUCGCCGCCUACUUAGGAAUCUAUUUGGCUGUUUUGGUCAGCCAGCGAGUUCGUCGCAGUCCCGGAGUGGCUGA